ACAAGCUGGGUCAGGUAUAGCCACCCACAACAACACAUCCUACCGUCGCUUGCCUUGUGCACCUAGUGAUCAUCUUCUUGUGUUUAAAUUGUAAUUCACCACGUGCAUACCAGUGUUGUGACCGCCAUAUUGGCCGAUCUAAAUUGGGGAGUUCCGGGUCCGCGCGCGAGACAACAACGUUUUGAUUACCGUUAGUUGGUGGUUUCUUGUCUCGCCGCGAAAUUGCCCAUGCUGCAUGAACAGUGGGGUUUCAAAAUUGUUGACGACGCUGCGGCCACCGUGCAUGCACCACAUAUCAGUGCCGACACUGCGUCACAGUGUGUGUGAACAGUUUCCAAUUCACAAUUUGAAGUGCGUUUAAAACGCAUUGCAUAAUCAAUGACAGAAAGAGUGGUCAGCGUCCAGAGAGAUGGGAAGUGAGCAUUACUGUUUGAGGUGGAAUAAUCAUCAAAGCAAUCUUCUUGGAGUGUUUAGUCAGUUACUUCGCGACGAAAGUCUAGUGGACGUAACUCUGGCCUGCUCGGAGGGCCAUUCCAUUCGCGCCCAUAAAGUAGUACUAUCCGCCUGUUCUUCUUACUUUCAAACACUUUUUGUUGACCACCCUAGCAGACAUCCGAUAGUUAUCCUAAAAGACGUCCGUUUUUCCGAGCUACGAACUCUUAUAGAGUUUAUGUAUAAGGGUGAAGUUAACGUUGAAUACUGUCAACUUUCUGCUUUGCUUAAAACUGCAGAAAGCCUUAAGGUAAAAGGUCUUGCCGAAAUGACUCGCGACUACAAGUCAGAACCAGAACAAACCGAACCUAAAGAACUUGUAAGUCGAAGAACGGGAACCCAACUUCCCAGGCCUCUUUCACCUACUGAAAGUGAUCAAACACAAAAUUCACCUACCUCCGUUCAAAACUUGAGAGUUUGUAAAUCACCUACGGAAAGGGACAGAGAACGAGAUAGAGAGAGAGAUAGAGACAGAGAAGGAAAAAGACCUUCGUCGGUGGAGAACAUAACUCCACCGAUUUCAAGUGAUUGUGGAGUCAGUGAUAUUGUGCACACUAGUAAUAAUAUGACAACUACAUGUUCUUUAGUUAAUCCUCCUGUUAUUUGUAGUAGAUUGCCAUCGCCACUUAAUUGUGAUGCUCUGCCAGGUCCUUCGAAUAUGCCUCCAGUUCAACAAGUGCCUCUGAGUCUUAAGAAAGAAGUUGAUUGGCCUGGAGCAGAAGAUAAGAAUACAGGAGAAGGUUCAUCAUCUGAAUAUUCGAGGCAUCCUCAUGACUCCGGAAUGUUAGAAAUCGAUAGAUGUAUUAGCUCCCCGGUACUUGAUAGGCCAUCCAGUACUCAGAGUAGUAGAUCGUCAACCCCUUUUGCUCUUCCUUUUCCAACAUUGCCCACAUCGCUGUUAGAGGUUGGUCUUAUGCAUCCAGCUCUUUUGGGGGAGGAAAUGUUCCGAUGUUCAUCUUGUAUGGCAGCAUUUCCUAGUUUAUGGCUCUUGGAACAACAUACAACUCUUCAACAUAUAGGAUCUAUAAGUUCAAUAGACAAGCCCUUCGUAUGUGAACAAUGUGGUCAAAGUUACAGAUAUAGAUCAGCGUAUGUCAAACAUAGAGAACAAAACCAUCGAGCCCGUUUACCUGCAGAUAAACUAUUUUCAUGCGACGUAUGUGGAAUGCAAUUUAGAUAUCUCAAAUCUUUUAAGAAGCAUAGACUUAAUCAUGCACUUGAAAAACUUCAUGGGAAAACAAACGAUAUGCUUAAGGAAGUUAGGACAGAAUCUAGCAGUGAAAACAUCAAAACAAAUCAUGAAAAUAGUAACGAUCAAGUAUCUAGUUCUAACGAGACUAUUACUGUUGAAGAAGAAAAUGAUGUGGUUGUUAAAAAAGAGGACCUGACUGAUGACAUUACAGCAGAAGGGACAUCAUCAGAUGCUGAGAAAACUGAGGCAGAACAGGAUGACACAAUUGACUCUAUGGCGUUUUCGUAUCAAGGAGCUACCACGAGCAAUGCUGAUUUGUUACGUAAUGCUCAGGAAAGCUCAAUAAUAAAUUUUUUAAGGGCUGAUUCUGUGGAAAGACAGAGGGAAAGAAGAUUUGCUUGUCCAUUUUGCGGGAAGUGUGUCAGAUCAAAAGAAAAUUUGAAAUUGCAUGUAAGAAAACAUACUGGGGAAAGACCGUUUGUAUGUCUGUUUUGUGGUCGAGCAUUUGGUGGUAAGAGUGACUUAACGCGCCACUUACGUAUUCAUACUGGCGAACGGCCUUAUCACUGUGAUAUGUGUGGAAAAUGCUUUGCUAGAGCCGAUUAUCUCUCAAAGCAUCUAACUACACACAUAAAUACUCCUCGCUAAUAGGCUCCAAUUCUGUAACAUCAAUUUUGCAGGUUACUUUAUAUAUUUCUUUUUUUUUCAGCUGAUAUAAUAAAAUAUAUGCCAACACCUAUUCAGUUGAAAUACAUAUAUUCAAUAAUAUAUAUGUCAACACAUAUUCAGUUUUCUAUUAAUAGAAA